AUGUGUCAAUGCAACACGUUCAAUUCAGGUCUGGUGUGCUACUACUGCCUGCCCAGUUGCCUGCUGGAACUAAAAGAGAAGGGGGACGAUCAGCAGCACAUGUGGGGAACAGAUCCAAAUUACCUGAUGAUGAACUCAGAAUUGAAUUGGCAAGGAAGUUACACAGGCCUAAUGAUGGAGCAAAUGAGAAACUCACAAGAAGACAACAUGGUACCUACAAUGCUCCAGGACCCAUAUGCAUCAUAUACAUCUCUGCUGCUUGGCAAUGAACCUGAAUUGCAAGGUUUAUACAAUAAAGGGAAAGAUACAUUCACAACUACUGAAACUGAAUUUACAGAAGACACGGAGAUAGCAGGGCUCCAACAUGAAACAAUGGAAGGAGAAACCUACAAUUGGAGAACAGAUAUUUUCAGCAAUAUGAACAUUCAAGAGGAAACCAUGCAGAGCACUACAACAACAAGUACUAUGGCAGAAUCAGCAGGAGUACAUGAUCUACUACAAGGGACAUCACAUAGCAUCGAGCAGGCAAACUCAAAUGAAAUCUCAGACAGAAUUGAACAAGACAACCACAACACAAAUGACCAAGAAGGAGAACAAAUACUAAUAGAAGAGGAGAUUGAAGCAUUUAUACAAUCAGAACAAAAGGCAGCAAGUGAGGGGAACAAUGCAGAUAGUAAUAGCAGAUACACACCGCAGUUGGGAAUGGAAUUUGACAGCAAGGAAGAUGCCCACCAUUUCUUCCACUUCUAUGGAUUCUUAGCAGGUUUUCAAAUCAUCAGCACACAUACAACAAGGACUACAGACAAGAGAAGAAAUAAUGAAAUUGUCAAAGCUAAAAUGAGAUGCCAAAGCUAUGGCAAAACUAGAAAGAAGAAAAUAAACGGGGAUGAAGAACAAGAAAUACAAGUUGAAUCAAACAGCAAUGACAAAGGGAAAAAAAGAAAGACAAAUGUGCAAGUGAAAACAAACUGCCCAGUAGUGAUGGUGGUCAAGCUUAUUGGAACAAAUCGGAGGGUCAUAAGGUUAGAACUAGAUCACAAUCAUCCACUUCAACCUGAUAACAGACAACAGCUAUUCAGUGGACAUAAGUAUAUGACUGAAAUGGAAAAAGCAAUCAUUAGAACACUGAAUGACAACAACAUAGAAACAAGAAAGAUGAUUUCAGUACUAUCCUAUUUGAGGGGAGGUGUCACUGCUCUACCAUACAAGAAAAAAGAUGUAGCUAAUUUUAGAACAAAACUGAACAGAGAAAUUACUGGAUCUGACAUGAGGCAGGCACUGAACUACUUCACAGAAAAGAAAAGCAAGGACCCGUCAUUCUUCUACAAGUUUGAUGUAAAUGAACAUCUCAGAGUAAAAAAUAUAUUCUGGAGAGAUGCAGAUUCAAUGAAGUAUUAUGCUGAAUAUGGAGACUGCCUAAGCUUUGACACUACAUACAUGACAAACAAAUACAACCUACCCUUUGCACCAUUUGUAGGAGUCACAGGACAUGGACACACUUGCUUCUUUGGAUGUGCCUUUAUAUGUGAUGAGACAACUGAUACUUUCAAAUGGCUCUUUGAAACAUUCAUAGAAGCAAUGGGGGGAAAGCAUCCAGUCACAAUCAUAACAGAUCAAGACGCUGCAAUGAAGGCAGCUAUACAACAAGUAUUCCCUGAUACAAAACACAGGAAUUGCUUGUUCCAUAUCAAGAAGAAAUGCUACAACAAAAAUCUUAAAUGCUUUGCAAGCAAUGAAGGCUUACCAGAGGAGUUCGAAGAUAUCAUAGGCAACAGCUUGACAGUAGAAGAAUUCGAAACCCUAUGGACAAAUAUGAUUGCAGAUUACAAGCUAGAAAACAACAAGUACUUCAACAAGAUGUGGGAAAUGAGGGAGAGAUUCGUACCAGUGUACUUCAAGAAUGAUUUUUUCCCAUUUCUACAAAGCACAGGAAGAAGUGAGGGCACCAAUGCCAGGAUCAAACACAAUGUAGGGCCUACAUACAGCAUCACAAGCUUCAUUAAAGAGUACCAGAGAAUAGUUGAUGCAACAAACAUAGCAGAAGCGAGGGAAGACCACGCUAACAAACAGAAAACUCCUAAGCACAUGGAAUUUGGAUACAGUAUUGAGCUACAAGCAAUGGAGAUGUAUAAUAGAAACAUAUUCAACAAGUUCAUGACACAGCUAAAAGCUACAACAAGACUAAAUUAUAGACAAAUGGAACAACAAGGUCAGUAUGAGGUAUGGGAGAAAGCAAAUCAAGUACAUAGCAGACAUAGAUUGAGGAGAUACAUAGUCAUUACUGACCUGACACAGGGGACAGACGAUUAUAGUUGCAUAUGUAGCAAAUUCAACAAGGAUGGAAUACUGUGCUCCCAUAUCCUCAAAAUAAUGGUAGAAACAGAAGUAAGCAAGAUUCCAGAUAAAUACAUAAUAGAGAGGUGGAGAAAAAAAGAAAGAAAGAUGAACCUGAAAAGGGUACAGACAACAAAUGCAACAGAUGACAUCCUCAGAUUCAACAUACUGUCAAGAGAAGCAGCACAAUUAACUUCAAAAGGAUCAUCAAAUGAAGAAGCAAUGGAAUACCUAUUAGAUGAGUUCAAAAGAAUUGGAAAAAAUCUGGACAUCAUGCUAACAUCAGGAAAUGGAACAACACCUGAAGUAAUUGAAGUUGCAGGAGGGUCUAGAGAAGCACAGCAUAGUAGAGACCAAGCAAUACAUGGUUCAGAUGAUGGAUCAACUUUACAGGAACCAGAAACCAUUAAAAAGAAGGGGAGACCAGAAAAGCCAAAAAGAUGGAAAGAUAUAGUAGAACAAGAAAGAGAGAAAGCAAAAAAGAAAAGCAAAGAAGAACACAAAGAAAGGAGAAAGCUCAAGUAA